AUGAUCCGCAAAGCAUUCGGGAUCGCCUUGGUGGCCUGCAUUGGCGCUGAUGUUGUCGGGGCAUUUGCUCCUUCGCUUCACUCUGUGAACAUCCGCAAGGUCACAACUGCGUCUCACUCUAUGAAAGGAACUCAGCUUGCGACUGCCGGGACUGCACGCAGGGUGCAGCUCCGCGCCAGCGGCGUUCAGAUGAAGGCACAAAGCGAUCGUACAGCCGAGCAGCUGAAGGGGGACCUCAUGACGGUGUUGAGCUAUGGGACUGGACUUCAGCAGGCGGCCGAUCCCAAGAAUCGGAUUGAAGUAAAUGAGAUCCUCCUUGAAUUGGAGCCCAUGAACCCAACGGAGUCCCCGGCCAUGUCUUCUUUGAUGAACGGUGGCUGGGAGCUUGUGUACACAGGCGGCUACGCACCAGGUCUCUUCGACAGCCCAACCCGUGAGAUUGCCCUCUUGCUGUAUACCGGGGGAUAUCGUCCUGGACUGGUUGCAAACCUUCUUUCCAAGCUUCCUGCACCUCUGGCCUCGGCUUUGUCCGUCGAGGAUGUCGAACUUAAGAUUGAGGAGACUGAGCCAAGAGUUGAGGCCUCCCUCAAAGUUCAGGCGGUUGGAAACGAGCAAAUGAUUCGUAGCAAGGGAAACUUGGUUGCAGAGUCGGAUGUGCGCAUGCGUGAGACCUUCAUGAAAUUGGAGGCAUUUGGCCAGUCCAUUGAACUUCCUGGUCCCUUCAAGUACUCCAGGAAUCUCCUUGUUACUUACUUGGAUGAUGAUUUCUUGAUCGUGCGUGACGAAUCUGGUGUUCCGGACAUCUGGUUGAGAAAGUCAAAGAAUGAAGUUGCCUCUGCUCCUUCCAACGAGACCGCCACCAAGGACCCGUCUGUAGACCCAACCUACGAUGGUCCAGCGUGGGAGGACAACAGGCCAGAGGAUGUUGGACCCAGCGACUACUAGACUCUAAUUCCCACGUAAAUGAAAAAUACAUAAUUC